AUGGCAACAAAGCACCACCCCAACCUGGUGCGCCUACUGGGCUACGCCACGUGUGGGGACCUGCGGGAGCGCAUCGAGCAGAUCCUCGUCUACGAGUUCAUCUCCAACGGGGACCUCGAUAAAUGGCUCAGCGCAGACGCUCCCUCGCCCCUCACUUUUGGUAUUCUCAUGUUGGUGGUGCUCACGGGCAAGCCUGCCACAUAUGAGGACGACAAGAACCACUCCAGGGGCAUCCUCAAAUGGGUCCAGGAGAAGGUGGGCCAGGGUUCAUUAGAGGAGAUUGCAGACCCUCGCAUGGGCACCGUCCCACCAGACGCCCUGCAGCGCAUCGCAGACCUGGCCAUGCGCUGCACUGCCACCUUCACUGCUGACCGCCCCUCCAUGGGCCGCAUCGCCCAGGAGAUGGAUGCGCUGCGUGGUGAGGUGGGCGGUGGCGAGGAGCAGGUGCACAAGGCGUACGAGGUGGUGGAUGCUGAGUUGAGGGCGAGGAUGCAGCAGCAGCAAAAGAUGAGUGAGCAGAGUAUGGACUCUUUUCUUGAUUCGAUUCACUCGGGGAAGAUCGGGAGCAUGAUGGACACGGGGGAGGUGAUCACGGUGGAGAUGGAGCAGGCCAAGGCGGGAACCAUUGUCAACCGAGAGCAAGCGGGCAUCAUCAGGCUCUGUUGGAUGGCCGCCCUCCACUCCACCCAUCACCACGCCAGAUGCACGGAUAUGAGGGCGGAUGGGCGGAAGGGCAAGCGGAGAGGCGAGGGAGGCAAGCAGCUGAGUGUCGUCCGCUCGCCUCGCCUCUACACGCAGCAGCAGCAGCCGUCCGUCCCUUCAAGCCCCGCUCGCCUGUCCACUCUCCAUCGAAGCACCCCCUCCGCCUGCACCACACAAUCAGCUAAGUACCCGUUCCCCCAUGCCCGCACCCUUGCCUGCCAUUCCAUUUCUUUCGUGGCGGGGAGGGGUGUGGGGUCAACACCGACGCUCCCUCACGCCCCUCCCCUGUGGCCGUGCAGGGAGGAGGCACCUGAAGGAGGGCUGCUGCGGAGGGAGGCAGCAGGUGGUGCUUCAGCUGCCUUGAGCUCGCCCGCACGCCACCAGCUAAGUAUCUCCUCAGGUGCAGUGCAGGUAACCCUCUCAGGUGCAGGUCCCCUCUCAGGUGCAGGUUCCCCCUCAGGUGCAGGUUCCCUUGGCGUCUGUGGCGUGUGGAGGGGAGGGGCGCUGGGGUCAACACCGACGCUUCCCCACGCCCCUCCCCUGUGGCCGUGCAGGGACUCGUGGGGACGGGAGGGAGGCAGCACUGCAGCAUGGCAAUCCCACUGCAGCAAGGGAGAGUAUCGGGAUGGGCUUGGCCUCUCAAGGUCUGCAGGUAAGCCUCCCAGGUGUGUACCCCCCUUGGAUCUGUGGCUUGUAGCUGAGGCUGCACCAGUGGCCCCCUCUGCUCUCACCUGCCAUCCCACCCCACCCCACCCAUGCACUCCUCUCACAUUUCUACCCCUAGCCGCAUACUCACUCCUCUUCAGUUCUCUCCUUUCCGUUGAGGGGAGGGGCGUGGGGGUCAACACCGCCGCUCCCUCGCGCUCCUCCCCUGUGGCCGUGCAGGUGGCGGUGGGAGGGGAGGGGGGCAGCACUCCACUCGGCUGGGGUGGGAAGGGAGAGUAUCGGGCUGGGUCGUCUGAAACAAGGCUGAGUGUGGGUGCACUGGAGCAAGCGCGGAGAGUGGAGUUCACCCUCUCUCUCACCUCCUCCUCUCUCCCUUUUCCCUUCCCUCCCAGCAGCACCCUGCCUGGACCACAGAGGAGUCCCUCCCUCCCCUAA